CCAUCCCCUGCCCCAUUGAUGUGUUAUUACUGGGGGGGCUGGAGCAGUAAAAAAAGAAGAAGGAAAAAAAGAGCGGGGCUUGGCGGUGAGAGGCUGUGCGCGGGGCUGCGGGGCAUCGGUGGCGAUGGAAGAACUGACGGCGUUCGUCUCCAAGUCUUUUGACCAGAAAGUGAAGGAGAAGAAAGAGCUGGACAUGGGCGCCGCCGAGAGAAGCAGGGAGCCCGGCAGCCCGCGGCUCACCGAGGUGUCCCCGGAGCUGAGGGAUCGAAAGGAGGAUGCGAAAGGGAUGGAGGACGAAGGCCAGACCAAGAUCAAGCAGAGGCGAAGUCGGACCAAUUUCACCCUGGAACAACUCAACGAGCUGGAAAGGCUUUUUGAUGAAACCCACUACCCGGACGCCUUCAUGCGCGAGGAGCUGAGCCAGCGGCUGGGGCUGUCGGAGGCCCGAGUGCAGGUUUGGUUCCAAAAUCGAAGAGCUAAAUGUAGAAAACAAGAAAAUCAACUCCAUAAAGGCGUCCUCAUAGGGGCUGCCAGCCAGUUUGAAGCUUGUAGAGUUGCACCCUAUGUCAAUGUAGGUGCUUUAAGGAUGCCAUUUCAGCAGGAUAGUCAUUGCAACGUGACGCCCUUGUCCUUUCAGGUUCAGGCGCAGCUGCAGCUGGACAGCGCCGUGGCGCACGCGCACCACCACCUGCACCCGCACCUGGCUGCCACGCUGGCCGCGGACUCGGCCUCCGCCGCCUCCGUCGUGGCUGCCGCCGCCGCCGCCAAGACCACCAGCAAGAACUCCAGCAUCGCGGAUCUCAGACUGAAAGCCAAAAAGCACGCGGCCGCCCUGGGGCUGUGACGCCGACGCCAGCGCCCCGGUUGCGCCUCCAGCGCGGCGUGCACCCACCCCGCACGCCCUCCGCGCCCCCCGCGCCCCGCUGCUUCUCCGCCGUCCCCUCCGCACUCCCGGAGCCCAGCCUCUUGCCGCCCGGCUGAUCGCCCCUUGCCCGCUUCAGCGUCUCGGACUCGGAAGGCAGGACUCAGCGUGGGACCUGCGAUCCCUCAAGGCGCGUCCACGCGUUGGCUGCUGACCGUGCAGCUAUCCAAGGGCCUAGCGUUCAGAUUUGCAGGGGCGGGUUUGGGGAAGUCUGGAGAGUUGUUGGACACGGGAGUGCUGGGACCCCGGAGUGUGGCUUCUGGCAAAGCUGCAAAGAUGGACUCUUGCUCAGAAAUAAAAAUCCUGUUAAUUAAAAAAUGAACAAAAAAAGUAGAAGAAACGCACAGAAAACAGAAAGGGAACGUGUUUCUGAUUACUAUUUGAAAGAAGCUGAAAUCGGAGAGAGAACCAAGGAACACACACACACACAAAUUAAAGUAUUUUAUAUGUUUAAAAAUAUGGAAAAAUAACCUGGAAGAAUCUCGAGAGAAUGGGGGGGGUUGGGGAGUUACCAACUGAAAGUGUAUGCCCGCCCCCAUGGGCAAAGAAGGCAAAAUGGAAGGAAGAGGUAUACUUAUUUAAAGAGUUAAGAUUUUUUUAAAAAAGGUGCGCAGCUGGGAAGUUCACAGGUUUUGAAACUGACCUUUUUCUGCGAAGUUCAUUUUAAUACGAGAACUUUGAUAAGAGAGGCGGGCCUCCUUUUACGUUGAAUCAGAUACUUUGAGUUAAAAACCACCACGAAUGGAAGAGCAAGAAGAGGGAAGAGAGUAUAAAAACAAGGAGAGAAAAAAAUGAUAUUAAGGAAAAAAAAUGAUACCACAGUGAUUUCUCUGAGGAAAAUUACAGCAGAACUGUCCAGGCUGUUGGCAGUAAAUUCCAGUUUGCAUGUUACUUUUAUUCCAUUGAUGGUGUCUUCCCCCUCCCUGCUUACUCACAUGUACUUACUUCAUUUUCAUCUUCAGUACGAAAAACAAUACCAAAAGCAUCUGGAAAUUGAUGUCUAUCUAUAUCUAUCUCUAUAUAUACUUUUGCCCAGUCUUUGAUCCUUGGGGACAAAAGAAAAAAAGUUGGAAGGGAAAAACUUUACACUCUGAUUGUCCCAAGAACACGGAGGCGGGCAGACAAUGUGGGGAAAGGCAAAAGAAAACAAAAGAAGACCAAAUAAAAUAAUGAAGGUACAGCGCCUGCCAAGGUGCCCAUAGGAGGCCCUGAGUGGUCAUCCCUGUCCCUUCCCCUCCCCCUUUUCUUGUCUACCCUCCUGCUGGUUACCUGAAGUCCUAUUUGAGGACCCUGCUUUAUUUCCCCUCUCUAUCCCGUCCCACUCACCUUAAACAAAACCCAGCUAGAUACAGGCACUAGGUUUCUGUAAAAUAUGUUGAUACACACGAACAAAGUUUAUUUUGGCUAUAAUGUGUGAACUGACGGUUGACUUUCGACAUUUGCAUUUUAUCUCACAAAGGUGUAUAUUAAAGUACUUUUUUGUUUGUUUCGGUUCAUGUAGCUGUUUAAAAAUGGGAUACCCUGGAGUAAGCAAUCUGUAUCCCAAUGCUCUAGAAAGCCUCCUUAGUGUUUUUGUGUGUUUUUUUUCCUUCUUAUUUACAAGAAAGAAGAAAAGCUCUUUUCACUGAACUUGAGUAUGCGGUUGAGCUUUGUAACUAUUUGUUCUCCAUGAAAACAAAUUAUUUAUAUUUGCCAUAUUUUUUCUAGUGUAUUAAGUUAUUUUAAACAAAAGAAGAUGCUGUUAUUUCCAUGACGUAUUGUCGGUACAAAAUGUUUCGGUUUCACCUCUGUUAAAACCUUUUAAAUAAGUGCCAAGUUAUUCAUUGAAGACACUUUGCGAUCAAUUGAAUGAAAAUAGUAUUGUUUCAUUUGAUGGGGUACGCGUCAUCUUUGUUCCUGUUGUUAUUAAACUAUCCGAGAUAGUC